AUGAGCUAUGACGCUUACCAGAUGCGGCCCAGCCAAGGGCGUGGCCAGGCGCGUCAGCAGCAGCAGCAACAACAACAACGCUCCUACCAGCUUUCCGACGACCCCUUAAGCCAGCACAAUCUGCCUUAUUCCCGCCACGGUGACGCCUUCGGAAGCUCGACGAGCAUGCAACAUCCCGAGAACCCUUUCUAUGCAGGAGAGAACCCGAGCUUCCAGACGCUCGCACCGGGCACUUCGGACGGCCAUGGCAUGUAUGCCUACGAGGAGGACAAGAUUCCACUUACCGACGUUACUGAUGAGAAGUACAGCUACUCGAAACAGGGGAACAGCGCCUACAACCUGUCCAACUCAAGCGGCUUCCCCACGCCGGCACCGUACGGGGGCCCCUCGUCCUACUCGUCCAGCCUCGGGCCGGAAGACAGUGCGAGCCAAGUGGCGUGGGCCAAGCGUCAACAGGCGCCCAAGCGAGGUCUCACCAAGAAGAUCCAGCUGACGCGCGGCCACUGGAUCGUCGACCACCCCGUCCCCACGGCGGUCAAGAACUCGGUCGAGCCCAAGUGGGCACAGGGCAGUCGAACGCAGGAGUUCACCCAUAUGCGCUACACUGCCGCGACGUGCGAUCCGGAUGAGUUCACGCUGGAAAACGGCUGGAGCCUGCGCGCUUCGCAACAGUACGGGCGUGACACGGAGCUGCUCAUUGCCAUCACGUACUACAACGAAGACCGCAUCUUGCUGGCGCGAACGCUGCACGGCGUCAUGCUCAACAUCCGCGAUAUCUGCAAGAGCAAGACGUCCAAGUUUUGGAGGCGAUCUGCCGAGGAGGGCAGGCCCGGGUGGCAGCGCAUCGUGGUCAGCCUGAUCUUUGACGGCAUUGAUCCGUGCGACAAGGAGGUGCUGGAUCUGCUGGCCACCGUGGGUGUCUACCAGGAUGGCGUGAUGAAGCGCAAGGUCGACGGCAAGGAUACGGUGGCGCAUCUGUUCGAGUACACGACGCAGCUCUCGGUGGAUCCUACCCCGGCGCUCAUCCAGCCGCACGGCGACGAUGCGUCAAACCUGGUCCCCGUGCAGAUGAUCUUCUGUCUCAAGCAGAAGAACAGCAAGAAGAUCAACAGCCACCGCUGGCUCUUCAACGCUCUGGGGCGUCACUUGCAGCCCGAGCUAUGCGUGCUCAUCGACGCAGGCACCAAACCGGGCCACAAGUCGCUCUACUAUCUAUGGGAGGCGUUCUACAACAAUGCCAACCUCGGCGGCGCGUGUGGAGAGAUUCACGCCAUGAUCAAGAACGGCCGCAAGCUCGUCAACCCGCUGGUAGCGGCGCAGAACUUCGAGUACAAGAUGUCCAACAUCCUCGAUAAGCCGCUCGAGUCGACGUUCGGGUACGUCAGCGUGCUGCCGGGCGCGUUCAGUGCCUACCGCUUCCGUGCGAUCCAGGGCCGACCGCUGCAGCAGUACUUCCACGGCGACCAUACGCUCGCGGACCGGCUGGGCAAGAAAGGUUUGCACGGCAUGGACAUUUUCACCAAAAACAUGUUUUUGGCCGAGGACCGCAUCUUGUGUUUCGAGCUGGUGGCCAAGGCAGGCGACAAGUGGACGCUGACGUACGUCAAGCCGUCGAAGGGCGAGACGGAUGUACCCGAGGGAGCCGCCGAGUUGAUCUCACAGCGUCGACGAUGGCUGAACGGAUCGUUUGCAGCGUCAAUCUACUCGCUGGUGCACUUCUUCCGCAUCUACAAGUCGAACCACGGCAUCAUCCGGCUGUUUUUCUUUCAUCUGCAGGCGGUGUACAACGCCAUCGUGCUGCUGUUCAGCUGGUUCGCGCUGGCCAACCUGUGGUUGACUUUCAGCAUCAUCAUCGAGUUCUUGCCGGACGAGCUGCUCAAGGACCAGUCGCACACGACGCUCGUGGUGUUUCACUGGAUCAACCAGGCGGCAAAAUGGGUCUACGUGUUUUUCCUCGUGCUGCAGUUUGUGCUGGCUUUGGGCAAUCGGCCCAAGGGCGAGAAGGCGACGUACAUUGCGUCGUUCAUCGUGUUUGGCGUGCUGGGACUGUAUCUGCUGUUCACGUCGUUGUGGCUGACGCUGCGCGCGUUGGUGAAUACGACGGUGACGGGCGAUAUCUGGCAUACGCUGUUCAACCAGACGACGGGCGUGCUGAUCGCAGCACUGGCGGCGACGUUUGGGAUCUACCUGAUUGCGUCGAUCCUAUACGCAGAUCCGUGGCACAUGAUCACGUCGUUCCCGCAGUACAUGCUCAUCGCCCCGUCGUUUAUCAACAUCCUCAACGUGUAUGCCUUCUGCAACCUGCACGACGUCAGUUGGGGAACAAAAGGGUCGGACAAGGCCGACGCGCUGCCGACGGUGGACACCAAGAAGGACAAGUCGAACGAACCAGGCACGGUCGAGGAGAUCGAGAGGCACCAGGACGACAUCGACGAGACGUUCAAGAGCGUCGUCUCGAGGGCGGUGGCGCCGUUCAAACCGCAAGCGACGAUCGAAAAGCCCACCGCGGACGACAGCAACAAGACCUUCCGUACACGCUUGGUGGCGUUCUGGCUGCUCACCAACGGUGCGCUCACGGUGGCCAUCGAGAACGUCAAUGGUCUCAACACCGGGCUGACGAACAAGCAGAUCGAGCAGGAACAGAGCUCGAAACAGUCGACCUACUUCCGCAUCAUCUUGUGGGCCACGUUUGGUCUCAGUGCCUUCCGAUUUGCCGGCUGCUUGAUCUACUGGGUCAAGAGGAACACUACGCGAUGCUUCAGGAAGAGCUGA